AUGGAGAGUUGACUGUAUUUGAAUUCAUGGGUAUGUGGCAAAAGUGAAACUAUGUCCAUUUCUAUUCCUUUUCGCACUCUAGAAACCAUACCAAGACGCAUUGAGCAGUCCUAUGAACCAGAUUUCAACUUAACUGAUGAAGAAACACUCACCAGAAUGGAGGCGGAAAUUCCUAAUGUCCCUGUCAAGUUCUGGAGAUCCGUGGAAAAAAAAUUGCACAUUAUGCAAAAAGGUGGCAAUUGUGCACAAAUGCCCAACAUUUUUGAAUUGGCGUUCAACAACUUGGUCUGGCAACAGGUGAAGACCAGCAAAGGAACAUUCUACUUAUAUUCCGCAUACUUUGACAUCCGUCCACUUUCACCUGCUCCAACGCUUCGGAUCCUGUCAAUGAUCGAGCAGGUUGAGCCAACUGUACCCACUUUCUGCCAAAUCUGGUUCGAAAACAGCACUAAACCCGUGAUAGCUAAUGUAUCCCAGUACAGAAUCCUUUGGAACAAGGCUUGGGGAACCGGGAACAAGAUCCAUCCCUUUUCCAUUGAAUGCGAGGUGCCUUCGGUGAAUAAUAAGACAGUGGUUCCAGUCGCAGUUUCCGUGGUGGAAAAUUCCUGUGACAAGGCCUCAAACCUGGUGAAAGUGACCCACAGAACCCUGGAACCCGGGAAGAAGAAGUCGAUUGCUGUUUGCGUCAAACGCAUGCAGUUUGUGCAUGAAGAACCCGUCUUCAAACUGAUUGAAUUUCUGGAACUGGUUCGAGUUUUGGGUGCGGAAAAGGUUUAUCUUUACGCCUAUGAACCGCAGCCGAAUCCAAGAGUUGAGAGAAUCCUCAGGUAUUACGAAGCUCAGGGGUUGCUUGAAGUCUCUCGGGUGACAAUGCCGGCUUCUCGGCCAAAUUCUCCCAUUUUGCGUCACUUGUUCUUCGAAAAGCAUGGUACCCUGGUUUAUAUCCACCAAAUGGUAUCAAUAUGCGAUUGCAUCUACAAGAGCUUCUACCAGCACGAUUUAGUCGCACUGAUUGACCUGGACGAGGUCAUCAUUCCAGAAAAUGGUUUGACCUGGCGAGAGAUUAUCAAAAACGUGACGAAUGGCACAGGGUACUCCGCGAUCACAUUCAACAACGCCUAUUACCCCCUUAAUAACCCCAAGCCCGAAAACUGGAACCCGGGUUUCCCAGCCGAGUUCCCCAUGCUGAACACGGUUUACAGGCUUGCCAACUACUCGAAACCUGGGGAUUACGUGAAACCCUUCCUCAACACAUCUGAUGUUCUCAUAGCGCACAGUCAUCUGCCUCUGGGCUGCAUUGGGCCGGGUUGCAGGAGGAAAGAUGUGCCUGUCAGUGCUGGAACUUGGCAUCACUAUAGAACAGAUUUGAAAGGUGAAAUGAAGAACCAGCCCUCGUCUGAUAACACCACUGUGGCGGAUUAUUCCCUGUGGAAGUGGAAGGAUGAACUAGUCAAGAGAGCCACAAGAGCUGCCAAAGAUCUGGGAUAUCUUUGAAGCUUCCUUGAUUUGACACAAAGGAAAAACUGUCAGCAAUCUGCCAUUGAUUUUUGUUGUUGUGGAUUAACUUCAGUGUGUUUUGUUUUUAUUUGGUUGCUUGCGUUCAAUUCUUAUAUGGUUGUGUUUUUUGCUCAGAGCAGGAGGUGAUCCAGAAUUCAGGCACGUUUGUGAUAGUUCAAGCUAUGACAAUAGAUGUGCAAGCAUCAGGGAAAGUUGGUGUGGUUCCGUGUGAUACUUUUUGAGAGAGAAACAAGUGUGAAAUGAUUAUUUAUGCUUGAAAACUUGAGAUUAUUUUGUGUGAAUAAUUUUGAUGGUUCUGGAAACGUGUUCCUUGUGGAAAAUAAAACUGAAAAGAUACUGAAGAAA